AAGACAGUUGUUACAUUUUUCUUCAAGAAACCAUCAAAGUAGAAAGCAUAGAGGAUGUCAGAAAUCAGUGUACUGACCAUGGAGCAGACAUGAUAAGCAUACACAAUGAAGAAGAAAAUGCUUUUAUACUGGAUACUUUGAAAAAGCAAUGGAAAAGCCCGGAUGAUAUCCUACUAGGCAUGUUUUUUGACACUGAUGAUCAGAGUUUCAAGUGGUUUGAUAAGUCAAAUAUGACUUUUCGUAAGUGGACAGACCAAGAUGAGGAGGAGGAUCUGGUUGACACCUGUGCCUUUUUGCAUACCACGACCGGAGAAUGGAAAAAAGGAAAUUGUGAAGUUUCUUCUGUGCCAGGAGCCCUUUGUAAAGCAGCUAUUCCAUAUGAAAAGAAAUAUUUAUCAGAUAACCACAUUUUAAUAUCAGCUUUGGUGAUUGCUAGCACAGUAAUUUUGACAGUUUUGGGAGCAAUCGUUUGGUUCCUGUACAAAAGAAAUUUGCAUUCUGGUUUCACCACCGUUUUUUCAGUUGCACCCCAAUCACCUUAUAACGAUGACUGUGUUUUGGUAGUUGCAGAAGAAAAUGAACAUGCUGUUCAAUUUGACUGAAACUUUGGAAAUCUUGGAUUAAGACAUCAAACACACUGGCAGUGAUUCAUGUAUCAGUGGUGGUCCGAGGAACACUGGUGGUCCUUGUGAAGUCCGAAAGGUUGGCAACCACUGCACUAGAUCAUUGAUUUUUUAACCUGGAUCUAAGCAAUUAGCUUCAGGGAACUUGGGAAUCCCAUAACUUAUAUACAGAUUUUGUGUCUAUGUAUAUUUUGUAAGAAGUGUUCAUGGUUUUAAUCAGAUUUUCAGGGGUAUCCAUUUGUUCCCACAUUUAAAAGGAGUGUCCACAAGAGACCAUAUACCACAUUAUUCCGUUUAUAUGAAAUAUGCAGAACAGAGAACUCCACAGAAACAGAACAUAAGACUGGUUGUUUCCAGGGGAUGUGGAAAAGGGGGUAAAGGGGAGAAACUGCUUAAUGGGUACAGGAUUUUCUUUUGAAGAGAUGAAAAUGGUUGGAAGUAGACAGAGGUAGUGGUUGCACAUUGCAAAUGUAUGGAUAACCACUGAAUUGCUCAAUUUAAGUGGUUUUUAUGUUAUCUCAACUUUGUGUCAAUAAAAUAAAGGGGCGGGGGGGUCCAUUACCCCUUCAUUUAAAAAGUGUUUUUUAAGGAUUCAUGAAUUUUCUCACCAUCAAAUAUCUCUCUUAAUAACAAAUAUGCUAAGCUCACUUGGAUAGUGUAUGGCUCUAGGAUCAUCCUAAUAAUCUCCUUUAACAUCUUUUCUCCACCUCCACCUCCACCUCCCAAACUUUCCUUUAAGAAGUGAGCUUUUCAUUCUAACUGUAUAAUUUAAGCAUCCCAACAUUUAAAAAUGUAAAGCUCUUCAAGAAACAAAAAUUAGUGAUCAAAAUUAUUGGGAAACAGGAGUUAUCAAUACAUACCAAAAGAAUCCGAGAAAUGAGAAGAAAAUAUUUGAAAAAUGUAUUAUGAUCAAAGAAGCCCUGGUAUUCAUUAUAUAAAUAACAGCUAGACUAUAAUGGUACAAAUACUAAAGGAAAACAACUAUGUGAACUUGGAAUAAAAAAUUUCAUAAAAUAACUUGUUCAACGUAAGUUGGAAACAGAAAUGGGGAGGGCGGAGGGAACAAGGAUACUAAGAACAUGUGGUCAGAUAUGCAUAUAAAAACUAUUCUAACAUAAAAAA